AUGGCGGCCAGCUUCCGCGGCCGUCCUAUACGGAGUCUUCGGAUGCGAGGUCGGAAUGACAGCGGGGAGGAGAACGUACCGCUGGAUCUGACCCGAGAACCAUCAGAAAACUUCCGUGAAAUCCUUCAAAAUGUGGCCAAACCACAUGGAGUCAGUAACAUGCGAAAAUUGGGCCACCUGAACAACUUCAUAAAGCUGCUAUGCAGCAUUAGCCACCGGGAGGAAAACUUUGGGUAUACAUACGAAGAAAUCAUCAUUUGUCUGCGACUAGCUCUACUGAAUGAGGCUAAGGAAGUGCGUGCUGCAGGGUUGCGGGCGCUCCGCUACCUCAUUAGAGACACCGCCGUGCUGCAGAAGGUCCUCAGACUCCAGGUGGACUAUUUGAUAGCAAGAUGUAUUGACAUCCAGCAGAGCAAUGAGGGGGAGAGGACUCAGGCUCUGAGAUUAGUCAGAAAGAUUAUCACUGUCAACGCGAUGCUGUUCCCCUCCUCUGUGACCAACUCUCUCAUCGCCGUGGGCACCGAUGGACUCCAGGAGAGGGACCGCAUGGUCCGCGCAGCCAUCGCCAUCGUAUGUGAGCUCGCUCUGAAGAACCCAGAGGUGGUGGCCAAACGCGGAGGCCUCAGCACCAUCCUAAAGAGUGUGAUCGACUGUCAACUGAGUCGCAUCAACGAAGCGUUGAUCACCACCAUCCUCCAUCUACUCAACCACCCACGUACCCGUCAGUAUGUGCGUGUUGACGUCGAACUGGAGCAAAUCCUCGCUCCUUUCACAGAUUUUCACUACCGUCACAACGCAGACACGGCUGAAGGGCAGCUCAAGGAGGACAGAGAGGCCCGUUUCUUGUCUAGUAGAAUGGCCAUAGUGGCAGCCUUUCGCUCCUGGUCUGGAAUUAUCAACCUCUGCAAGGUUGGAAAUUCUGGAAUCCAAUCUUUAAUUGGCUUACUUUGCAUACCAAAUAUGGAAGUUAGAAAAGGCUUGUUGGAGGUGUUGUAUGAGAUAUUCAGGCUCCCUGUGCCCGUUGCAACUCAAGACUUCACGGAAGCUCUUCUAAGUGUUGACCCCGCCAGGUUCCAGGACACCUGGAGACUCUCUGAUGGGUUUCUUGCUGCUGAGGCCAAAGUCAUCUUACCCCAUCGAGCCCGCUCUAGGCCUGAUCUGAUGGACAACUACCUGGCAUUUGUUCUUUCUGCCUUCAUCUCCAGUGGGCUGUUGGAGGGUCUCGUUGAAGUUGUGACCAGUAGCGAUGAUCAGCUCGCUGUGAGAGCCACGAUCCUCUUGGGAGAACUCCUACACAUGGCAAACACCAUCCUUCCCCAUUCUCACAGUCACCACCUGCACUGCCUUCCCACCCUCAUCAACAUGGCAGCCUCCUUUGAUAUCGCACAGCAGAAACGACUUCGAGCAAGUGCAGCAGUCAACAAUCUUAAGUGUUUCCAUGAGAAGAAGAAGAAAGGUUUGAAACCACACAGUCUGUACCUGGACCACAUCAUCCGCAAGUCUGUGUCUUCACAUAGCCGCAGAGAGUCACACUCACGUGUCCACAGGGACAUCUAUGCCAUCAAGGACACAGAGGAAGCCCUGAUGCUGAACCUUAGAGACAGUCACAUUCUCAACCACAAGCAGAACCUGGAGUGGAACUGGUUGCUCAUUGCCACCAUCCUCAAGUGGCCACAUGUAAACCUCAGGAACAACAAAGAUGAACAUAUGCACAAGUUUGUGCGAAGGCUGCUGUACUUUUAUAAGCCCAGUAGUAAAUUGUACGGAGGGCUGGCGUUGGAUCACCCAAAGGCCAGACAGCUCACUGUGGUUGGCUGUCAAUUUAUCGAGUUCCUCAUGGAAUCAGAUGAGGAUGGCCAGGGUUACCUGGAGGACCUGGUGAAGGACAUGGUGUCAUGGCUCUCCUCGUCCUCGGGGCUGAAGCCUGAGCGCAGUCUGCAGAGCAACGGUCUGCUCACCACACUCAGCCAACACUACUUCCUCUUCCUGGGGACUCUCUCUGCACACCCGCAGGGAGUCAAACUGCUGGAGAAAUGUGGCCUGUUUCAGUGCCUGCUGAGUCUGUGCUCUGUGAAGAACCAGGAUUCUGUGCUGAAACUCACUGUAUCCACAUUGGACUACAGCAGAGACGGUCUGGCCAGAGUGAUCCUCUCCAAGAGCCUCACUGCGGCUACUGAUGCGUGCAGGCUGUAUGCCACCAAACACCUCCGCGUGCUGCUGCGUGCGAGCGUGGAGUUCUUCAGCAGCUGGGGAAUGGAGCUGCUGGUCACACAGCUUCACGACCACAGCAAGGCAGUGUCCAUCGAGGCCCUGGACAUACUGGACGAGGCCUGCGAGGACAAGGCCAACCUCCACGCUCUAAUCCAGCUGAAACCAGCUCUGUCCCACCUGGGAGACAAGGGCCUCCUGCUGCUCCUCAGAUUCCUCUCCAUUCCUAAGGGUUUCUCCUACCUCAAUGAGAGAGGUUACGUCAGCAAACAGCUGGACAAAUGGCAGAAGGAAUACAACCUUAAGUACGUGGACCUGAUAGAGGAGCAGCUCAACGAAGCACUAACGACCUACCGCAAACCUGUCGAUGGAGACAACUACGUCCGACGCAGCAACCAAAGUUUACAAAGACCAAAUGUCUAUCUCCCUGUGCACUUGUACGGUCAGCUGGUACACGAUAAGACGGGCUGUCAUCUUUUGGAGGCUCAGAGCGUCGUUCCUGACCUCAGCUAUACUGUUCGCUCCCCGAUGCUGGACACCUGGGAGGGCAUUAAACAGCUAAAGGCUGCUCUCUGGGCCCUGGGCAACAUUGGCUCUUCAAAUUGGGGACUGAAUCUCCUGCAGGAGGAGAACGUCAUUCCUGACAUCCUCACGUUGGCUCAGCACUGUGACGUGCUGUCAGUACGAGGGACGUGUCUUUAUGUGCUGGGUGUCAUCUCCAAGACCAGGCAGGGUUGUCAGGUGCUGAAGCAGUUUGGUUGGGAUUCGGUCCGACACAGUCGCAGGACGCUGUGGCCCGUCACUCCAGAAGAGGUCGAUGCCCAGCUGACCGCCGAACUCUGCUCAGUACCGAGCACGCUCAGUCUGAACUCCGAAUCCACGAGCUCGCGCCACAACAGCGAGAGCGAGUCUCAACCAAACAUGUACAUCCUGGACGAUGACAAGUGUGAUUUUCUGGACCAAACCGACGAGCCCUCUGUCGACCUACACUCCAAACCAGCCAAGGACCGCAGCCCCUUCACCAUCCUGGCCUCCACGCGCUUUGUUCGCACUCGCUUCCUCAACUCCCUUUCCCUCCCCAGCAAGAAGCUGCGCUCCACCAGUGACCACAAGAACUUAUCCGGCUCUCGCACAUCUACUGAACUCAAGCUGGGAAGUCUGAGGCGGAACCGGACGGUGACGGAGCCCUCCGUCUCCAGCCCGACCCAGGGGGUCGUCUUCACGCCGGCGUUUAAUGGCAGAGGAGUGCCGAAGAGUCCCACGGUCAGCCUGGAGACAUCCUUUGUUGGGACCAGGGGCGGCUCUGAGGAGCAGCUCGUGGACGGUGGGCUGGCCAGGGAAGGAGGCUCAGGCCUUGGACUCGGUGGUCUCGGAGGGCCCGGGGCCGUGGAGCACCCCGGCGGAGAGAGGGAGCAAAGCAGCCGAGAGCGUCUCGCGGGAGACGGCGGCUCCUCGUCUUGUGGAGGCAACGUGGGAGGCGGCGGAGGAGGCACUCAGUUUAAAAGCCGCAGCCAGAGCUUCAACACGGACACCACGACCAGCGGCAUCAGCUCCAUGAGCUCCAGUCCUUCCAGGGAGACUGUCGGAAACCCCGAGCAUCCCGAACCCGAACCCGACUCCUCUGACUGCGUGAGCCUCAACACGGUGGUGUCGGCCAAGACUGUCAAAACGCUCUCUCCUCUCACCCCCCAGGCUCCCAUCCCCCACACGUCCACGUCAAAGUCCUCAUCCGUCUCUUUGGCGCCGCCCGGCUCGUCGCACACUCUUCCCCGCCGAGCCCAGUCCUUCAAGUCUCCUUCAGUGACCACCAUCAAGAGCCUGGCUGACUGCAGCUUCAUGUACACCAGCCCACGGGACGCGCUGGGCUACGCGACGCUGAAGCGGCUCCAGCAGCAGAGGAUACACCCGUCUUUGUCUCACAGCGAAGCUUUGGCUUCGCCAGCCAAAGACGUGCUGUUCACCGACGCCAUCACCAUGAAGACCGGCAGCCUGGAUUCCAGAUUAACGCCUCGCAGGAUAUCAGAUAGGAGGGGUACCUGUCCAGAUCCCAGCGCCUUAACUCCGUACCGCAGGCUGUCCAGAACACUGGGACCGCGGUUUCUGAAGGCUCUUAGCUUUGCCUCUCUGGAGAAAGGGGAACUCCUAAGUCCAAUCAACCAAAGCACUCUGCACCGCUGCUCUUCAGUGCGCUCAAUGGUUUCUAGCGCCACCUAUGGGUGUAACGAUGACUACGUUGGCCUCGCACUGCCCAUGGACAUCAACGACAUGUUCCACAUCAGAGAAUCGGCUUACUUUCAGCAGAGGAUCAGCCCGCCGUCUGAAGAGCGAAAACGCUUCCUCUUUGGCGAUGGAGACGGUGAUCGCCCUGCUCUACCGUCACUGAAGCAACAGUUUAGCAUUUCUGAGCUGAUCGUGUGCCAAGGUGAUAACCAGAACCACCUGGUGGGUUCAGAGGAGACGGGGCUUCAGGAACACACGGAAGAAAACUGCCUCUACUGUGUAGGAGCCAGCGUGCUGGGAUACCCCACUCAGCCGCAGAUCAACAGCACACACCCUCAGACAGACUUUGUCGACUUCCCUUCAUGGGGAGGGCAGAGCGGCCAUCGUCUGGAGGUGAUGCCUCAGUCCAAGUUGUCUGGGGUGUCGGGCUGCAGCGAAGCUGCUGUGUCACAAGGCUCCAUCUGUAGCACGCCCACACCCGGAGACGUCGUCCUGGGCAAGGGAAUAUCAGAAGACGGCCCCGCCUCGCGAGUCCUGCUGAGGAAGGAGGUGCUCCGCCUCAUCAUCAACCUCAGCUCCUCUGUCGGGACCAAAGGCCACGAAACAGGACUGCUGACGAUAAAGGAGAAGUUUCCCAGUGCGUUUGAUGACAUCUGCUUGUACUCUGAGGUUUCCCACCUCUUAGCCCACUGUAUGUUUCGCCUGACGUCCAGACGUUUCAUACAGGAACUCUUCCAGGACGUGCAGUUCAUGCCUAUGUAUGAGGAAGCCGAGGCAAUCCUGACGAAGCUACCGAAACCCGUUGAAGAAGAUGGGGACCCUCCUGCAGAAUCCUGAUCAUCCUCUCCCUCGUGUUCCCUGCACAGCCUUUGACCUGCCACCCUACACACAUGGAAGAAACAGCCGAUAGAAUAUAAGUUAUAAGGUUGGGGAGGCGCCUGGCAUGUUUAUUUUGCUCAAAACAGAGUACCUUAGCCAAUGAAGAGGAGGAGGAGGUCAUUGCUGGCCUCUCUUGGAAACGGAGGAUGACGAUAUCUGCAAACUUAAUUUAACCCGACAUGCUGUUUAAGACCUUCAUUUUAAAACGGGAAUAAGGGGGAGCAGUUUAACCAAAUACUGUCUUCAGAUUGGUUGGCAAUCGUGAGCAACACUCAAUAACACAUCAACAUAAUGCUAAAGGUCAAGCGGGAUCAUUAACACAAAGACUCACGUGUAAGAAGAAGAAGAAGAAAAAAAAUAGAAAAUUCUAUCGACAGUUUAUCUCUUUCAGAAGUUUUUUUUUUCUUUCUGUAAUGAAAUAAGGCAUGUUGUUGUGUCUACCCAGUGAUUCCUCGGACCCCUGCGUUAUUUUUUCCUUAUGAAAUAAAACACUACAGAAGGGGUCCUGCUUUUUUUAAAAACCGUAUCCGGAGCCUCCCCGGUUCAUAUCCCACUCCGACUUGUGAUCUGUUCUCGCCAGAUGAUGUGCUUUUGCUUCUCUUGCCUCGACACUUCCUACAACCUGUAGCCUCUCUUCUGCACAGACAGCCAAUUACUUUUCUAUUUCUUGUAUCUCAGACAAUCAAACAUCACUAGUAUUGUAUUUUCUAACGCACUAUAUAUGCCACCCUUACACAGUACACGAGGAGCAUAGCAUGUCAUUCGAUGCUAGUUUAUGCCAUCCUUCACUUGUCGAGGACCUUUAAUUUUUUUCUUUCGCCAUUGCAUUACUGUUAAACUUCUCAGAAGUCGGGUCGAUCAUUUGGAAAGAUGCUCAGUUGUGCACGUUAUCUGUAGAAUGAUUCAUGACAGAUUUAGUACCAAACUCUGCUGACAGACGUCUGUGAAACCUUCAUUCGCCCAGCAGCGCCCCGGCUCUAUCCCUUCUUUCCUCUGUGCUUCACUUCCACUGCAUGUGCAACACGCAUGGCAAAGUUGUAAUGUCAUCUUAAUGUGUUUCUUGCUUGUAAAACUUUUUUAAAUAGAUUUUUUAAAAAUAGGUUGCCAUUACAUUGUAGGAAUAUAAUUCCCCCCCGAGUCUGUUUCCACAAUGCAAUAUCACUGUCUGUCAUUGGCUGAGCUGGAGGAGGGGUCUUGUGAUGAUGACUAAAGGUUUUGUAAAAGGUUUCCAGGGAAACGGGGAUCUCCAUUUCCAUUGGCUUGUUUUUGCUAUAAUGCUGCUACACAAAUGGACUCGUAGAGAUGAUUUAUAGAUCAGCUGAGUAAUGUCAGAUCCGAUCUAUUUAUUAUAUGUCUGUACCAUAGAGUGAGCUCAACCAGAGAAGAAAAAAAGUUAUUUAUAUUUUUUCCUCAAGACUAUUAUAAUUUAAAGUUUGUUUUUAUCCUUUUUUUUGCUUGAAUCGUGGUUUCCGUUGUAUAAUGUGUACAGUAUGUUUUUGGGGGCAUUGAUGACCUCAAGAAACAUACAAUCCUAUCAAAGGGAUGCAUUGUUAAUAAAACAAAAUUUGAAAUACCCAAAA